GCCGCCAGCUGUGACGCCAAGGGCGCGAGUGGGGAGGCGCGGGAAGAGAAGAAGCCGCUGAAGCCCUGCUGCGCCUGCCCCGAGACCAAGAAAGCGCGGGACACCUGCAUUAUUGAGAAGGGGGAAGAAAAUUGCGGGCACCUAAUUGAAGCUCACAAAGAGUGUAUGAGAGCUCUGGGCUUCAAGAUAUGAGUGAGAUGAGCAGGA